ACACCACGGCUCAGACCAAUGCCAAUUGUACGUAAAGUAUUGCCACGAUACUUAUGUUGUUUGCAUGUUUCUUCUUGUCUUUGGUAUAACRUUACUCGACCGAUUGACUUCUUCACCUGGUUCUAACAAUAUGAAAAAUUAUUUGAUACUACUCUUCCACGCAGUUGUUGAAGACGAAARUUCACAAAAACAACAAUCGAUGUAGGAUUGGAACACGAAUUCGAGCCAACCCGCAAAACAACUAUCAUCUCAAGGAUGUCGUCAUCUUGAUCAUAGUGCCUGUUGAGUUGGAUGGUGAAAACGUUACCAUGUCUCGCCAGGGUGGCGUUUGGGAUGAAAUGAAAAGGACUCUCAUUUGGACCAUUCCUAGUUUGGAACCUGGGGAAAUCGUUGAUAUACAGGCACAAUUCAAAAACACUACGAAGAAAGGACUCUCACAAUCAGAUUCGUCUGACCGUGCGACCAUUGAUUAUGGCGACUCUGGCAAUCGCUCUUUGAAAUUUCCAGUGUUGGUAAGGUGUAAUGGGGAUACAAACUUCAGCAAGAUCGACGCGGACACGAACUAYAACGAAUGUGGAUCAACUCCGAUCGAGUUAGAAGUAGAAAGGCUGGCAACAGUCUUAUAUCGCAAUGUUUAAGCCAUUACUUUCCAAUUCGGGUGUUACGUCAUGGAUUGUGUCCAAUGUUAACGACAAAUCUUUUGUUUCAGUCUACUAAAGAUUACUCUAACCAACAAUGGGGCUUUCAUGUAGCUGGGUUCAUACUGACUCRUAACUAUUCUGUGAAGUAAUGAAUUUGCCUCUGAAAGACAGCAGCAACACUGGCAGUGAUUUUCUCAUACAUUUGUUAUCACGGAAAGCUCUAUUUUGCUAUAUCGAUGCAUCGAACUUUACUCAUCGUAACAUAUUCUUGAUCUAAGGGACUCGCUCUUCUGUAGUAGUAAUGCGCCGAUUAGUGUAUACUACUAGUAGUACCAUCAAAUUGAUCACCAGCACAAAGAAUUUAAGAAGCAAGAAGAACUGUUAGAAAGUCAACAAGAACCAUGUUGGAAAUGACAUCUGAAACUGACUCCAUGCAAGAAAGAGCUGAAUGGCACCUGUACUGAUUAUCAGAAAUUUCCUGCUUCAAGAAGAAGGGAGAGCUUCUUCUUCUUGUUGGUACUACUGGCAGAUAAUAGUAGUAGUAGUAGUAGUAGUAGUAGUAGUAGUAGUAGUAGUAGUAGUAGUAGUAGUAGUAGUAGUAGUAGUAGCGGUACUAGUACUAGUUAGUAUGCUAGUAUAAGUACUACUAGUAGGACUAUUAAUAGCAAUACAACAACAACUACUAGUAGUACUACUACUACUAGUAGUAGAAAAUAAUACUAGUACUAGUACUAGUAGUAGUAAGCAGCAGUGGUGAUAACAGUAGUAGUAGUACUACUACUACUAGUACUAUUACUUCUGUGAUUCAGGGUCGCAAUUUGUAAUUCGCGGUGAUCGGGUCAUUUCUGCAAAUCUGAUACCUAGACAGACUCCAGAUUCAUGUACUUUGUACUAGUUCAUGUUCAGGUAGUCUGAGCAGGUUAGCUCAGAGCAUCCCAGCCCCAAUUACGGCGGUCGCACCCCGUACUACUGCUGGUACUACGGUAGUGAGAAACGAGUUUUUAAACUCGUGCACAACUUCAUGCGACAACAGAACGUUGUCACCCGCACACCUACUUCUGCCUCAAUGUUACAGAGAUAGGUUCAUGAAGGUUGAAGGUGUUGAUCACAAAGUAAUGCACAAGUCCUGGUAUCAGCAUACUCCGUCGUGUUUCCCACUAUUUCAAAACCAAAGAUGAACACCACCGAAGACACGAAGACGGAUGUGAUCAACUCUAAUGGAAGUGCUUCAACGAAUGGCAAAACUGGUGGUGAAAGCGGACCUGUAGAAAAUGCGAAGGUGAAGAACAAGGAGGCAAUUUUAACCGGUGGAAUGGGAUACGGUAGGAAAAAACGCCAAGCACUUGACGCAUUUUGGUCUAUUUUGUGGCCCGGUCUUGAGAAAAUUGGAUGGAAACGAGUGAGUGAUACCAACUCUAGCGUGUACAAAUGUAAUGUGCGUUAGAAGUGUGCAAUUGCCACGUCCUAUCAUCAUUACUUGUUUGUAUGUGCGGGCAGAGUAUACAAAAUGGCGAACGGAUUGCAUUUUUGAUUAACUGUUAUUUUUGCUCGAGAUACAAAGAUCAUCUUUUUGUCUAGAAACCUUCGACUUACAGAGGCUUCGUCUCAAUUGUUUAUCACGAUUUAGAUUGUUGGUGAAGGAAGCGAUGAAGGCUCGAUGAUAUUUUUGCCACCCGGUAUUAUAGCUAUGAGACGGGGGAAACGAAACAUAGAAUAUUUUGACAGAAUCAAACUAGUGAUCGAGUUUCUUGAGGAAAGACGGAGCAAAGCAGAGGGGAAAAUUCUGGAUCUGUAUCGCAAAGAGAUACCGGCUACCGGCGGAGAUGCCGUUGCAUCAAAUCCAAAAAGAGUUGGCGGUCGACCAAGAUUGCGAGUUUCCCGAUCGUCAAUAAAAGAUCGGGAAAUUGAAGAGAUUGAUACGAGUUGGAAAGAUGGUAGAUGUCUUUAUCCAAAACGAUCGAGCAAAAUAGGUAAAAAGCAUCAAGUAUCAUCUCUACCUCGCGCGGGAACUUUCGAAAACAAAAGUGUACCGGACAAUCGAGGGUGAGUUUUUUUUUACAUUGGCUUCUAAUAGUGGCUUCCAACCUAUCAUUGUUCAUUUUCCAAUACUAAAACCUCUCGCAAUUCCUGCAUUAACUGCGUAGAUACGAACUGAUUUGGAACUGGAAAGAAGCUGCAGAGAAGGGUAUGUUGAACUUCAUAGAAGAGAACGUUCCUAGCAAUAAGAGAGAGAAAGCUCUAGAGCUCAUGCACAAAAGUAAUUACGUUGUAUCAAAUAUUAAGGGAUUUAGCGAACAA